AUGGAAACUGUACCUUCUCACAGAAUCCUGCGACCCCUCCUGCUCGGUGCUUUUAUACUGGGAUGUUCUGUCAUUCUGUUUUUUAUGUAUUUUAAACCAACUAUAAGCUGGUUACCAGGUCCUGUAGAGUCAACAGUAUUCAGAGAACCUGGCCUGAACCUCUUCUCCACCAACAGUGAUAAAAAUGCUACCAUUGUGCUGAUCUGGAUGUGGCCCUUUGGAAAAGAGUAUGACCCGAGCAUUUGCAGCUCAGUCUUCAACAUUGAUGGCUGUUUCAUCACAGCAGACAGGAACCUCUACAGUAAGGCAGAUGGGGUCAUCAUUCACCACCGAGACAUCAGCACUGACCUGUCCAAUCUCCCACAGCUCCAGCGACCAUCAUUCCAGAAGUGGAUAUGGAUGAACGCAGAGUCGCCAUCACACUCAUCCCAGCUCCCUGGAUUAGACAACCUGUUCAAUCUGACUGUCAAUUAUCGUCAGGAUGCUGACAUUACAGUGCCUUAUGGGUACAUUAUACCAGCAGAGGGUGAGGAGGAUUUUAUCCCACCGAAGAAAAAUACGCUGGUCUGCUGGAUUGUGAGCAACUGGAACCAGAACCAUGUUCGGGUGAAAUAUUACAAUGAGCUGAAAAAACAUGUGGAGAUUCAUACAUAUGGACAAGCCUUUGGGAAGUACAUCUCUGACCAAGAUAUUUUACCCACCAUUACCAGCUGCAAGUUCUAUCUCUCGUUUGAGAACUCCAUCCACAAGGACUACAUUACUGAGAAACUGUACAACCCGCUGACAGUGGGGACAGUGCCAGUGGUUCUUGGCCCACCCAGACAGAAUUAUGAGAACUUUAUCCAGGGAGACGCCUUCAUUCAUGUGGAGGACUUCACCUCACCCAAAGAGCUGGCUGAUUACCUGCUGCUCCUGGACAAGGAUGAGAAAAUGUACCUCAGGUACUUUGAGUGGCGGCGGCACUUCAAAGCAAAGCAGAGCUAUUUUGGGGCUGAGCACAUGUGCCUGUCCUGUGAUUACUUGCGUAGGCAUACGGAGUACAAGGUAUUCAAUAACCUUAACAAGUGGUACUGGGGUGGCUAGUGCUUUGUAGGGUUGUGUGGUUCUUGUUAUGCGGCUGAAGAAACUGUUGUAAGAUGUUUGUUCUUCAGUUAACACAAAGGUUCAUUGCUGAUCUGUCCAGAGCAGCUGAAUGGUAAUUAUUUAAAUUAGUGGCCCAAUGAGAUGUCUCACUGUCGUUCUUUUUUCUUUGAAUUUUAGUUGCUGUGAAAUUUUAAGUCUUAUUUUGUCUUUUUUCAUUAUAUAAGUUUCUGCUUAUCAGAUAACACUGAGGAUACAAUGUUUUCUUUUAAGUAUCUGCUGUUCAUUCUGCUCCUCAGGGCACUUGAAUGCAUGCCUGGCUGGCUGUGUCAACAAAGAAAGUAGAAAGAGGGGCCAGGGUGUGUGCAGUCUAGCAGAAUUAUAAAAAUAAUUUUGUUGGGUAUUACAUGCUUUUAAUCAGGAAUUGAUGCA